GAAGAUGUUUUGAAGUGGGCUCGAACGGUUGCCCAUGAAAAUGAUUUUGUUGCAGUAAUUAUGAGGUCUGAUACAUAUACUGGCAGCAGAGGAAGAACUUCAUUUGUCUUAAUUGGGUGUGAAAGGAGCGGUAAGUACAAGGGUAGGAAGAAAUAAUUUGUUAGAAAAGACACAAGUACUAGAAAAUGUGGUUGUCCAUUUAAGAUUCGUGGAAAACCAGUGCAUAGAGGUGAAGGUUGGACGGUGAAGCUGAUAUGUGGGAUUCACAACCAUGAAUUGGCGAAGACCUUAGUUGGACAUCCAUAUGUUGGAAGAUUGACAGAUGAUGAGAAGAAUAUCAUUGCUGAUAUGACGAAGUCGAAUGUGAAACCAAGAAACAUCAUGCUAACGUUGAAGGAGCACAACAACAGCAAUUGCACCACAAUCAAACAAAUCUACAAUGCAAGAGUGCAUACCGUUCUUCAAUAAGAGGAGAUGACAAUGAAAUGCAACACCUAAAGAGGCUCCUUGAACGUGACCAAUACAUUUAUUGACAUAGAUUGAAGGAUGAAGAUGUGGUGCAUGAUUUAUUUUGGUGUCACCCUGAUGCAGUUAAGUUAUGUAACGCAUGUCAUCUUCUUUUUUUGAUAGACAUUACCUACAAAACAAUAGGUACAGGCUCCCAUUGCUUGACAUUGUGGGGGUGACACCAACCGGGAUGACUUUCUCUGCUGGGUUUGCAUAUCUGGAGGGUGAGCGUGUGAACAAUCUUGUAUGGGCAUUGGAACGGUUUCGAGGCCUUUUUUAAGAAAUGAUCGCCUUCUUGUUGUUAUUGUCACAGACAGAGACCUAGCCCUGAUGAAUGCUGUGAAAGUUGUGUUUCCGGAGUGUAAGAAUUUGUUGUGCAGGUUUCACAUAGACAAGAAUGUGAAGGCAAAGUGUAAAUCGCUUGUUGGUCAGAAGAAUGCUUUGGACUACGUAAUGGAUAGUUGGGGUAACCUGGUAGAUUGUCCUUCGGAACAGGAGUUCCCUGAGCACCUUCAAAGGUUUCAAGUAGCGUGUUCCCCGUGUCCAAUGUUCACUGACUACGUAUGUGAGACAUGGAUUGUCCCACAUAAGGAGAAAUUUAUCUUGGCUUGGACGAAUAAGGUGAUGCACCUAGGCAACACAACAACAAAUAGGGUUGAAUCUGCUCAUUGGUCUUUGAAGAGGAUAUUACAGAAUAGCGUUGGAGACCUCUGUUGUGUUUGGGAUGCAAUGAACAACAUGAUGACGCUGCAUCACACUGAAAUUAGAGCAUCAUUUGAAACAAGUACGCAUGUUGUUGGUCAUGUUUUAAAGAAAAUCAUAUACAAGAGGCUUCUAGGAAUGGUGUCAAGGUACGCUUUAAAUGAAAUUUCGAUUAAGUUUGAGCGCGUACGUUAUUUAAAAGACAAUGUAUCUUCUUGUGGGUGUGUCUUGAGAACCACACUAGGUCUUCCUUGUGCAUGCGAGCUACAAAGGUAUGAGGGUGGCAACAUCCCACUGGAUGCAGUCCAUAUGUACUGGAGGAGACUUAAUUUUUCAGACCAGGGGCUAUGUGAGGCCGAAGUGAGCAUCAAGGAAGAGAUGGAUAGAAUAUAUAAAAGAUUCGAUGAACUUGAUGUUUGUGGGAAAGUUACUUUCAAGAGUAAACUCCGAGAAUUCACGUUUCCCGAUGAGACCUCUAUGUGUCCUCCUCCAACAAAGGUUAAGACGAAAGGUGCCCCGAAAAAGGUAAUGAAAAGAAGCGAAAGAUCGACAAAGCGUGAUCCAUCUUAUUGGGAGUAUGUUGAUGCUUAUCAUUCGGUUCAAAAAAGCAACACCUCAGUCAGACCCAGUGCAUCAUCUUUUGCACCACCGAAGCCAGCAAGGAUGAUCCCCAUGUUGGAUCAAUUUCUGCCAUUUAUGCAUGGUUUCAUUGAGGAUGUUGUUGAUGUGAAAGCGGAUGGUAAUUGUGGAUAUCGGUCAGUUUCCGCUUUGUUAGGUAUGGGAGAAGAGUGUUGGGCCAUGAUGCAUAAUGAAUUGAUUAAAGAACUUGGCAAAUGGUCGCAAGACUACAUAAAGAUCUUUGGUGGCACGAAGAGAUAUGAACAACUGAGGUUGUCCCUACACGUGGAUGGGUUAUCCAAGGUUAGUAUGGACAAAUGGAUGGAUAUAACGGAUAUGAGAUAUGUAAUUGCGUCAAGAUAUAAUGUAAUCCUUGUAUCAUUGUCACGACAACAGAGCUUCACAUUUUUUCCUCUCAGAAGUCGACCACUGGCCGAUUCUGCUGCUCACCGCAUAAUAUGCGUCGGCCAUGUGUAUGGCAGUCAUUUUGUUCAGGUUUUUCUGAAAGAUUGUUGUCCCUUACCGCCUAUGGCGUUGUUGUGGUCAAGCAAUGCGUAUCCGAAGGCAAAACAAUGGCCAACUGCAUAUGUAGGUAGAAUGCAGCAAUACUUAAGCCUAAUGACAAUUAAUACAACGCAUGUAAUUAAUGUUCAUGUAUAUGUAUGUAUAUGUACAUUGGAUUUAUGUUCAUGUAAUUAAUCAAUUGUUCCGUGAACAAGU